UGGAGUUGCUGACCUCACGAAAUUCCCUUGAAAGCGGUGUUAUUAAUGUGAGAGGGCAAAUUAUUUCCAAUCAUGAUGACAUGACUAUUUUGGUGUGGGGAGAGGGUAAUGCCCUGGUUAUUACUUUUACGGUUGUGCUGUAUGUAGUUCAUAUUGGCAGUUCUGUAAAAGAAGCUUGUUUUCAGCUUGUUUGGCUUAUGGUUGAACAUAAGAGAUGAGGAGAAAUGUGUGCUAUCCAAUUAGGAUGGUUGAAUGAAGGGGAUGUUUCUCUGGUGAGGGACACUAAGGUUGGGCCUGGGUUUUGUUCGGCGGGAGGUGGGGAGAGAAGACGCUGUAGAGACCCGGUCGAAGCACAGGGUCCGGCGGGAGACCCGUUUGUUCGAGAUGGAUUGCGAGCGACGUUCGGAAGGUGGUGUGAGCUUUCACGUUGACCGAGGACCCAGCGCCUGAGUGACAGAGAAGUUCCAGAUGAGUUCCAACGUGUGCACAUUAAAAAUGACAAGGAAUUUGUCUGCGGGAAUCUCGAACACAACACGCCAGUUUUGCUGUCUUUGUCCAGAUAUUUAAGAAGUGGAGCAAGGGAUUCACUCGAUCAUCCUUCCUGCUCAGACUGUGGGGAGAGAUUCAUUUGAUCAUCUGACCGACUGACACGCCCGUCAUCUUACACAGGGGAGACACCAUUCACCUGCUCAGACAGUGGGAAUGGAUUCACUCCAUCAUCUCAACUGAAGGUACAUCAGCAAGUUUACACUGAGACAAGCCCAUUCACAUGUUCUAUGUGUGAGACGGGAUUCAGUCGGUCAUCCCACCUGUGGAUACACCAGUCUGUUCACACUGAGCAGAGGCUGGUCAUCUGCUGAAUUUGUGGGGAAGGAUUCACGCGGUUAUUCGACCUAAUGGCUCACCAGCGAGUUCACACCAGGGAGCGACCGUUCACCUGCUCAGACUGCGGGAAGGGAUUCACUCAGUCAUCUAACCUGAAGGUACAUCAGAGAGUUCACACUGGGGAGAGGCCAUUCACCUGCUCGGACUGUGGGAAGGGAUUCACUCGAUCAUCCCAACUGAAGGUACAUCAGCGAAUUCACACUGGGGAGAGGCCAUUCACCUGCUCAGACUGUGGGAAGGGAUUCACACAGUUAGCUAACCUACAAGCACAUCAGCGAGUUCACACUGGGGAGAGGCCGUUCACCUGCUCAGACUGUCGGAAGGGAUUUGCUCGAUCAUCUGAUCUACAGAUACAUCAGCGAGUUCACACUGGGGAGAGGCCGUUCACCUGCUCAUACUGUGGGAAGGGAUUCACUUCGUCAUCUCAACUGAAGGAACAUCAGAGAGUUCACACUGGGGAGAGGCCGUUCACCUGCUCAGACUGUGGGAACGGAUUCACUUCGUCAUCUCAACUGACGGUGCAUCAGCGACUUCACACUGGCGAGAGGCCGUUCACCUGCUCAGACUGUGGGAAGGGAUUCACUCGAUCACCUGAUCUGCAGAUACAUCAGCGAGUUCACACUGGGGAGAGGCCGUUCACCUGCUCAGUUUGUAGGAAGGGAUUUACUCAGUCAUCUCAUCUGCAGAUACAUCAGCGAGUUCACACAGGGCAGAGGCCAUUCACCUGCUCAGACUGUGGGAAGGGAUUCACACAGUCAGCUCACCUACAAGAACACCAGUCAGUUCACACUGGGGAGUGGCCAUUCACCUGCUCAGACUGUGGGAAGGGAUUCACUUGCUCAUCUAAACUGAAGGUACAUCAGCGAGUUCACACUGGGGAGAGGCCAUUCACCUGCUCAGUCUGUGGGAAGGGAUUCAAUUUAUCAUCUCAUCUGAAGGUACAUCAGCGAGUUCACACUGGAGAGAGGCCGUUCACCUGCACAUACUGUGGGAAGGGAUUCACUCGGUCAUCCGACCUACUGAAACACCAGCGAUUUCAUACUGGGGAGAGGCCGUUCACCUGCUCAGUCUGUGGGAAGGGAUUCACUCGAUCAUCUGAUCUACAGAGACACCAGCAAGUUCACACUGGGGAGAGGCCGUUCACCUGCUCAGACUGUGGGAAGGGAUUCACUCAGUCAUCCCAACUGAAGGUGCAUCGGAGAGUUCACACUGGAGAGAGGCCAUUCACCUGCUCAGACUGUGGGAAGGGAUUCACUCAGGCAUCUCACCUACUGAGACACCAGUCAGUUCACACUGCGUAGCGGCCAUUCACCUGCUCAGUCUGUGGGAAGGGAUUCACACAGUUAGCUAGCCUACAAGCACACCAGUCAGUUCACACUGGGGAGAGGCCAUUCACCUGCUCGGUCUGAGAAGGAAGUCACUCAGUUGUCCAACCUACAGAGACACCCGCGUGUUCAUAUAACCAUAUAACAAUUACAGCACGGAAAUAGGCCAUCUUGGCCCUUCUAGUCCGUGCUGAACGCUUACUCUCAAGUAGUCACAUCGACCUGCCUCUACCCGCCAUUCCUUUCCUGUCCAUAUACCGAUCGAAUUUUUUUUAAAUGACAAAAUCGAACCCGCCUCUACCACUUCUACUGGAAGCUCGUUCCACACAACUACCAUUCCCUGAGUAAAGAAGUUCCCCCUCGUGUUACCCCUAAACUUUUGCCCCUUAACUCUCAACUAAUGUCCAGUUGUUUGAAUCUCCCCUACUCUCAAUGGAAAAAGCCUAUCCACGUCAAGUCUAUCUAUCCCCCUCAUAAUUUUAAAUACCUCUAUCAAGUCCCCCCUCAACCUUCUACGCUCCAAAGAAUAAAGAUCUAACUUGUUCAACCUUUCUCUGUAACUCAAGUGCUGAAACCCAGGUAACAUUCUAGUAAAUGUCCUCUGUACUCUCUGCCUUAGCAAACGUCGCGAUGCUAGUGCACCCCAGA